AUGGAUGAAGAUGGUCCUUUUUCUGUUGUAGGAACCGUAGGAGCAGUUGGACCGGCAACGCCAUAUUUGGAGCUAGGAAUAUUAGGAUUUGGAGUAGGAGUGGAAGAGUGCCCGGAAUACCCGGUGUAUCUUCGUUGUGGGCGCAAAAAAAAUUCAGCUUCCAAUGCGAGGCAAGAUGCAUCUUCCAAAAUAUGCGAACGGAGCCAACAGACUUCAUGCUUCAUAUCGUCACGAAGACCAUGGAUAAAGCAAGACAAUGAUGUCGGGUUCUUCACGAAACCCUACACGUAUCUUGUGUUCAAUAAAACGAGCGGGGAAUUCAGUAACGGUCAAACUUCCUUGUGA